ACCACAUACUCUCUACUAUUGUGCUGCAUUUUUUGCCAUCUUAUCAAAGAUAACCUUUUUUUUUUUUCAAGAAAAACAACUAGAAAAAGAAAAGGUAAAAAUUAUUUUUUUAUAAACUCUCUUUGAGGGGUGCUGGGACCACGUUUUACUUCCUCAUGAUGAAACUGGGGUUAUACUGUUGGUUUUACCUGUUUCCGGGCUGGUAGCAGAUUUUGCUGAUCAUUUCCACUCAUGCAUUCGGAAGCAAAUGACCAUGGUGACACUCGAACCCAGGAUUAAACCUCGAAUGAUUUCUGCCUAAACUUUAGAUCCACCUUCUGGUGCAGUUUGAAUAAAGUAGAAACGAGAGAGGAUGGACUCUCCUACACCCAGCUGUGUGUCCAUGAAGAGUGACAGGUCCAUGGAGCUACCACUUCAUUUUAAAGGACAAUGUUCUUCUGAAACUAAGUCAGAGAAAGGGGAGAGCACGGACUCUCCUCCACCCAGCUGUGUGUCCAUGAAGAGUGACAGGUCCAUGGAGCUACCACUUCAUUUUAAAGGACAAUGUUCUUCUGAAACAAAAGUUCAAGAGUAUUCAAAAGAUCCCAAACUGGAGCAGUCAACAAACCUGGACUCUAUAUUUAUGAUACUCAAAGACAACAUUGUGAACUUUGUGAUGGAUGAGUUGAAGAAUUUCCAGCAUCUUCUGAGUCAGGAUCCAGAAACAUUAAAGAGCCAGAAGAAAACUGAGGAGGUGGAUGGUGAAGAUAAAGUGCAGAAGAGAAAAUUCACAGAGGCUGUGCUGAACAUCACUCUGCACUACAUGAGGAAAAUAAAGCAAGAGGAGCUGGCUGACCGUCUGUUGAAUAGAACAUCUUCUGGACUGUGUCAACGUAAACUCAAAUUACAUCGAAAGAAGAAGUUCCGGUGUGUGUUUGAGGGGAUUGCUAAAGCAGGAAACUCAACCUUUCUGAAUGAGAUCUACACAGAGCUCUACAUCACAGAGGGAGAAUCAUCAGAGGUCAAUGAUGAACAUGAGGUCAUACAGAUUGAAGCAGCUUCCAGGAAAACAGAUGAACUGGAAAAAAAAAUAAAAUGUGAAAACAUCUUUAAUGCAGAGAUGACAGCUUGUAGGAAUGAACCAAUCAGAACAGUGAUGACAAAGGGAGUGGCUGGCAUUGGGAAAACAGUCUUAACACAGAAGUUCACUCUGGACUGGGCUGAAGACAAAGCCAACCAGGACAUCCACUUCAUUUUUCCAUUCACUUUCAGAGAGUUGAAUGUGGUGAAAGAGAAAAAGUUCAGCUUGGUGGAACUUGUUCAUCACUUCUUCACUGAAACCAAAGAAGCAGGAAUCUGCAGCUUUGAAGACUUCCAGGUUGUGUUCAUCUUUGACGGUCUGGAUGAGUGUCGACUUCCUCUGGACUUCCACAACACUAAGAUCCUGACUGAUGUUACAGAGUCCACCUCAGUGAAUGUGCUGCUGACAAACCUCAUCAGGGGGAAACUGCUUCCCUCUGCUCGCCUCUGGAUAACCACACGACCUGCAGCAGCCAGUCAGAUCCCUCCUGAGUGUGUUGACAUGGUGACAGAGGUCAGAGGGUUCACUAACCCCCAGAAGGAGGAGUACUUCAGGAAGAGGUUCAGAGAUGAGGAGCAGGCCAGCACCAUUAUCUCCCACAUCAAGACAUCACGAAGCCUCCACAUCAUGUGUCACAUCCCAGUCUUCUGCUGGAUCACUGCUACAGUUCUGGAGGAUGAGUUGAAAACCAGAGAGGGAGGAGAGCUGCCCAAGACCCUGACUGAGAUGUACAUCCACUUCCUGGUGGUUCAGACAAAAGAGAAGAAGGUCAAGUAUGAUGGAGGAUCUGAAACAGAUCCACACUGGAGUCCAGAGAGCAGGAAGAUGAUUGAGUCUCUGGGAAAACUGGCUUUUGAUCAGCUGCAGAAAGGAAACCUGAUCUUCUAUGAAUCAGACCUGACAGAGUAUAGCAUCGAUACCACAGCGGCCUCAGUUUACUCAGGAAUGUUCACACAGAUCUUUAAAGAGGAGAGAGGCCUGUACCAGAGUAAGGUGUUCUGCUUCGUCCAUCUGAGCGUUCAGGAGUUUCUGGCUGCUCUUCAUGUCCACAUGAAAUUCAUUAAUCAUGGUGUCAAUCUGUUGGAAAAAUCACAAAAAUCAUCCCUUUGGUGUAGAUGGUUUGACAAACUUGACCUGGGUCAUCUCCACCAGUGUGCUGUGGUCAAGGCCUUGCAGAGUCCAAAUGGACACCUGGAUCUUUUCCUGCGCUUCCUCCUGGGUCUUUCAGUCCAAACUAGUCAGAAUCUUCUACAUGGCCUGGUGAAAGAGAGAAGAAACAGACAAAACACCACCAUAAACACAGUGAAGUACAUCAAGAAGAAGAUCAGUGAGGAUCUUCCUACAGAGAGAAGUCUUAAUCUUUUCCACUGUCUGAAUGAACUGAAGGUUAAAUCACUAACCGACAAGGUCCAAUGUUUAAUGAGUUCAGGAAGACUCUCAGAAAGGAAGCUCUCACCUGCUCAGUGGUCAGCUCUGGCCUUUAUAUUACUGUCAUCAGAAGAAGAUCUGGAUGUGUUUAACUUGAAGAUUUUUUUUCCUUCAAACGAUGUUCUCCUCAGGAUGCUGCAAGUCAUCAAAUCCUCCAGAAGGGCUCUGUGAGUGCAAAAACGCUGAAACAUACUGUUAAUAAGUGCCAUAGACUUUGAAUCACACAAUUAUAAAUGCUUUAACAAUACAACCUCUCUGGAGCACAACAUUUUAUUUAGAGUUAUCAAUUAAACUUCUGUUAGACCAGGGCUAAUUAACCUUUAUGACAUGGGGUGCCAGUUCGUGCCAUCAUCAACAAUAAUCUUUUUGGAGGCUCGAGGAUGGACUCUGGACUGCUUGCAAACAGCGUGACCUGGAGGGGUGUGAUUGGGAGGAAUCUGAUCUUAACCUGAGUGGUAUUCAGUUAUCACCCGACCUGGUGCUGGUCGAGGCGAUAAACCCCGAACUAACUGGUGGACACCAGAGGUGAGGGGAGCCAUUAGGCUGAAGAAAGAGGCCUACAGGGCAUGGUUGGUCUGUGGGUCUCCGGAAGCAGCUGAUGGGUACCGGUGAGGCUAUGGAAUAAUAAUCAGUCAGCUCCGAAAAGAUUCUGACAAACCGUCCAGUGCCUCAGGGGUGGUAGGCAGCAACUCACUCACACCGUUUUUGGUGGGGACGGGGACCUACUGACAUUAACUGGUGCUAUUGUUGGUGGGGGAAAAUGGCUUCAUAACCUUUAAACCUCGGAUCAAGGAGGACCAGCUCUUUACCCUUGCUGGGGUCCUCGAGGGGUUUGCCCAACCAGUCCACAUGUGUUUUGUGGAUUUGUAGAAGGCUUACGACCGUGUCCCAAGACGCAUCCUGUGGUAGUGCUCCGGGACUACGGGGUGGCCCUUGCUAAGGGCCAUUCAGUCCCUGUAUGAAAGAAGCACAAGUUUUGUCCGUGUAGCCAGCAUUAAGUCAGAGCUAUUUCCAGUGAUGGUUGGACUCGGUAAGGCCUGCCCUUUAUCACGGUUCUGUUCAUAACUUUUAUGGACCAGCGUGAGCGAAUGAAUAAUGUAAUGAAUCCAGUGUAAAGCGACUUUGAGCGUCUUUAAUAAAGUGCUAUAUAAAACCAAUGCAUUAUGAUAAUACAGCAGUUUUCUCACAAUGUGAGCUAUUGCUACAUUAUGAGCUGUUAUUAGAUUAUGACCGGCACCAGUAAGGCUCAUAAUGUAAUACAAUUGUUGCAUUACAUUAUGUGCAAAACUGUUAAGUUAUGCACAUGAUUUUAUUAAAUUAUUAGUGGAUUAUUACAUGAUGAACUUUUAUUACAUGUAAGUUAUUGCACUAUGAGCUGUUAUUACAUUAUGAGCCAUUAUUACAUUAUGCGUUGCUACAACACUCCUUUCCUUUUUUAAAAAAAAUAUGCUUGAAAGAGGAAACCAGUCGCCAUCGUUUUUUCCCAUUUUUGUCUUUUUGCUUGGCUUUUAUUUCGUUUUUUUUUUCUGGACUUUUUUGAGUAUGCCAGUGACUUCCCUUGAUGAAUUACAGAGAUCAACUGUUAACGCUGUCUGUGGCCCUUUCUGCCCGAAGCUCCAAGAAUUUUUCUGAUUUCUUCUCUGUAGAACAACGUUAAAAAUGUCAU